AGUUGAAGGGUGCGGCUGGAGGUGGGGGGUGACGAAUGUGCGGGCAGGGAGAGGGCGGCUGGGUUUGCGGAGCGUGGUGGAGGUAAACAGAGGGGAGGCCCGGCGGUGGUGGCGGAGAGCGGUCGCCGGCCUCGGCAUACGGCGCUGCUCCGCUCCCGGCAACCGCGCCGCCUCGGCGAGGGCCGAGGAGUGAAGACCGAUCUCAUCUUCGCUGGAAUGUGAGGGAUUUUCCCACCAUGGAUGGUGAACUGAGUCCUCAGGAUAAAAAGGACCUGGAUAAGUUCAUUAAAUUCUUUGCCCUGAAGACGGUUCAGGUGAUUGUACAAGCACGGCUUGGAGAAAAGAUAUGUACCCGUUCAAGCUCUUCCCCUACAGGCUCAGACUGGUUUAACCUUGCAAUAAAGGAUAUUCCUGAAGUUACCCACGAGGCGAAGAAGGCACUGGCAGGGCAACUUCCAGGAAUUGGACGGUCGAUGUGUGUGGAAAUUUCUCUGAAGACAUCUGAGGGAGAUUCUAUGGAGUUGGAAACAUGGUGUUUGGAAAUGAGUGAAAAGUGUGAUAAAGAGAUUAAGGUUUCCUACACUGUCUACAACAGACUGUCAUUGCUGUUGAAAUCACUCCUUGCAAUCACAAGAGUGACACCUGCAUACAAACUAUCCAGAAAGCAAGGACAUGACUAUGUAAUCCUGUACAGGAUAUAUUUUGGAGAAGUGCAACUGAGUGGCCUCGGUGAAGGUUUUCAGACUGUACGGGUUGGAAUGGUUGGAACUCCUAUCGGCACCAUUACCCUGUCUUGUGCUUACAGAACUAACCUGGCUUUCAUGUCUGGCAGGCAGCUGGAGCGGACCCAGCCAAUCAUGGGAAUUAUCAUAGACCACUUUGUAGAUCGUCCCUAUAGUGGAUCAUCACCACUGCACCCAUGUAACUACAGGGCUCCUAAUGAAGAGGAUGCAGGGACUUUUCCUUCUGUAGAAGAUUCUCAGGAAGUGUGCACCACUUCUUUCUCCACUUCGCCUCCCUCACAGUGUGUGUUUACCAUUAGUAAGACACAUUUUCAGACUCCCAGGCCAGCGGUGAUGGACACACUGAAGGUCCCCAUGCUAGGUUUGACCUUUACGCAUCAACUCUACAGUUCCCGCCUUUCCUAUCAGCCCUUUGCUACUCUCGGUGGUGGUUCAGCUGACCUAACCUAUUCCCCAGCAGCCUUAACUGCUGGUGUAAAUGCUGCUCAUCCUCAUCAGAUGGUAAUUCCUGGCAAAGAAGGUGGUGUACCUGUUCUGCCUCAGCAUCCUGCCCAUGGUACCCAGGCUGAUGGUGACAGGAUGCCAACCUGUAAUCCCACAGAUACGAAUCAACAGGUGCCAGCAACUCCUUCUAGCAGUGGCGAAGCAGAAAUGUUAUCAAAGAGCAGUGAGGGGAAGAGCGGAUCACCACAAGACGCACUGGAGACUACCUUGACCAGGAAAGUGGGCGCGUUUGUUAACAAACCAGCCAGUCAGGUCACCGCUGUCAACCUGGAUUUACCAUUUGCUGUAUUUGCACCAAAAAUUGUUGAAUCUGAGGACGCUGAUGUCAUGGUAAAUCCCCCUGAUUCCCCAACCCAAGAAUCACCCCUGCAUGCUAGUCUUCACUCAGACCAGUCCAGCGGUAGCAGUGGCCUCACACAGGAUGAAUUUGUUAUGGUGGAACUUAAGCCUGCCUUUUCCAAGGAUGAUUUUCUACCCAUGGAUCUUGGCACCUUUUAUAGGGAAUUUCAGAACCCUCCUCAGUUGAGCAGUCUCUCCAUAGACAUCAGUGCACAGUCAAUGGCUGAGGAUCUGGAUUCCUUACCAGAAAAGCUGGCAAUCUAUGAGAAGAAUAUGGAAGAAUUUGAUGCCUUUGUAGACACCCUUCAGUAACCAUUGACGAUAUCUGCUCCAGCUUCAGGAACAAUACCUGCAACAAGCACCAAGGUUGAAAGUUGUUUUCCCUCUAUAAAUAAAAUGUAUAUAUUUUUAGAAGUACAGAAUCCCCUUAUUUCUAUAGAUGUCUAUCUGCAAUCUGUAAGUACAUUUUCUAGUUGCACUUACUGAUCUGCUAUAAUUGAAAAGUGAAAGUCCACCUUACUGUACACACAUGUAAAUAUCUUGUAAAGCCAAACAAUAUUUAAUCAAUGUCUUUCUUUAUAUUGAAGUAGGAACUUUUGUGUGCUUCUUGCAAGUCUGGUUGUUAUCAAAGGAUGGUUUUUAAUUUAAAUUACAGCAUGUUUGUUUCAGACCCAACAAUUUGUAGCUUGUCACUUCACUGUAGAAAGAUUAAAAAAAACAAUUGGGCCAAUGGCAACUUGGUCCUCUGGUUGAUAAAACUGUGAAAA